ACAAAGGUUCAGUAAAAAGAGAGACUUCUUUGCUUGCUUUCCUAUCACCAUAUUAAAUAUUUUGAAAAUUAAUAAAAAUUUUAAGACAAUAUCCAGUUUGGAGUGAAAUCUGUAAUUAAUUGUAAAAUUAAAAAAGAAAUCGAAGAAAAGGUUUCUGGAACAAAACAAACUUUUUGUAUUAACUAAAAAACAACUACGCACAAAAACAAAGCACAAAGUAUUUUUUUAUACAUUUUUACAAAUUAAGCCAACCUUCUGAACUUCCCACAUACAUAGGUUUGUGUGAGUGUUUAUGUCAUAUGUAUAUAUAGUUGUUGUGCCCACUUCUUUUUGCCGUAAUUGUAUCUGAACGUUCGUGUUCGCAGUUACUUACAAUAAAAAUCCGGACAUACGAACGGACCAUCGGUUGCCACAAGAGUGAAUAGUUUCUACGUGCGUGUGUGUGUGAUUGAGUGUGGAAGCAACAUUAUCGGCAUCAUAGCCACAAACAAACCAACAUAGUGCACAUUCACUUAUUCUUACAUUUUGCGUUAUUCUUGUUAUUGUUGUUGUUCAUUCAUUCCUUUGAAAAGUGUAAACGUCGGCAUUCGUACAAACACCAAAAAAGUCGCUGUUCAUCGUCAUCAUCAACGUCGUCGACAUAGCCAUUGUUAAAUACCUUUGCGAGGGUUGGGUGCCAAAUGCGAAGUAAGUUGAGGCGAAGUGAUUGGUGAUUGCAUUAUUUUGUGUGUCAGUCGAGCCAUUCAGUGAUUUCAGUAUAAAAACCACGUUUUUAUUGAAGCUGUGUGUGUGUGUGUAUUUAAGAACGAAAUACUCGAAAAACACAUUAAAAAAAAACAAAAACAAAAUAGAAAGAUUCUGAAAACGAUAUCAAAACCACAUCGUCACUACAUAAAGAACAGGACGCAAGAAGUUUAAGAAAACAGACAUCAGCAAAAGUUGCCCAUUUUGGUGAAAUGCAAAGCUAUGCCGACGAAUGCUUUCGAAGCUAUGGCUUCGACACUGAUAUGGAAAUGGAUAUGAAUGGGGAAGGACGAAAUGUAACAAAACCCAAAUCAAGAAGCGAUUCGCCUUUAACUAGUGCUGGCGUUCUUCUGCAACAGCCCAAGACACCUGUCGGCUUGGAAGAGGAUUCUUCGGAUGAUGUUUUACCCAACGAAAUUUCGGCUCCCUAUGAAGUGCCACAAUUUCCCAUUGAGCAGAUUGAAAAGAAAUUACAAAUACAAAGACAGCUGAAUGUACGUGCCAUGACUGAUAAGCACUCCAUACAAGGUGACACCGCGGAUGAUACCAUCAAUAUUGUGGACCAUGAUAUGAUACCAAAUUUCCAGCGUGUCUCCAUCUCGGGCGAGGAUACCAGCGGUGUACCUUUAGAGGAUUUAGAAAGGGCUUCCACCCUAUUGAUACAGGCCUUAGAAAUGCGUUCACGUUACAUGUCCAUUUCGGAACAGUCAUUUCCCACAACCACAUUGCGUUUCCUGAAGACCGUACACGAAAGUGAUCGUUUCAAUAAAAUUCAAUAUGAAGAUCGUAAAUCGAUUGCCGAAUUAAUCCGCAAGAUCAGUCUACCAAUGAUCCAUUUGCCACCCAGAGAUCACCCCAUACACCCACCGACGGAGACCAGUGAUCCUUGGGAUAUAGAAUUUCCCGCUGACAAAAAGUAUGAUAUUCGCGCAGUAGAUGGUGUGUACAAUGUUUUUCAGAAUGCGGAUUCCCAAGAGCCCAUGAUACAAAAUUAUCCCAAACUUAAGGACUUUUGUAAUGAUAUGCAAAUAAUGUGCAACAUGAUUGCCGAUGGACCCUUAAAAUCUUUCUGUUACCGUCGUCUGUGCUAUUUAUCUUCCAAAUUUCAAUUGCAUGUUUUACUUAACGAAUUGAGAGAACUGGCUUCUCAAAAGGCCGUGCCACAUAGAGAUUUUUAUAAUAUAAGAAAAGUGGACACCCACAUCCAUGCCGCCUCGUGCAUGAAUCAAAAACAUUUGUUACGUUUCAUUAAAAAGACUUUAAAGAAAAAUGCCAACGAAGUGGUGACCGUUACCAAAGGCCAAGAGAUGACUCUGGCCCAAGUAUUUCAAUCAAUGAACUUAACCACAUAUGAUCUCACAGUCGAUAUGCUGGAUGUGCAUGCCGAUCGUAAUACCUUCCAUCGUUUUGAUAAGUUCAAUGCCAAAUAUAAUCCAAUUGGUGAGUCACGAUUGCGUGAGGUAUUCCUGAAGACGGAUAACUAUUUGAAUGGCAAAUAUUUUGCCCAUAUUAUAAAGGAAGUUGCAUUUGAUCUGGAAGAGUCCAAAUACCAAAAUGCUGAGUUGCGUUUAUCGAUUUAUGGCAAAUCGCGAGAUGAAUGGAAUAAAUUGGCCAAAUGGGCCAUUGAUUACAAUGUCUAUUCGACCAAUAUACGCUGGCUUAUACAAAUACCUCGUCUUUAUGAUAUCUUCAAAUCGAAUAAACUGAUGACCUCAUUCCAAGAUAUUUUGGAUAACAUAUUUUUGCCUUUAUUCGAGGCCACCAGCCAGCCUAGCAAGCAUCCCGAGUUGCAUCGUUUCUUGCGUUAUGUCAUAGGUUUUGAUUCCGUGGAUGAUGAAUCCAAACCUGAGAAUCCUCUAUUUGAUGGCGAUAUUACAACACCACCCAAAUGGACAGAUGAUGAGAAUCCACCCUAUGCCUAUUAUAUCUAUUAUAUGUAUGCCAAUAUGGCGGUUUUGAAUCAGUUUAGAAAGGAACGUGGCCUCAAUACCUUUGUGUUACGCCCCCAUUGCGGUGAGGCUGGUCCCGUGCAGCAUUUGGUCUGUGGCUAUCUUAUGGCUGAGAAUAUUUCUCAUGGUCUAUUGCUGCGUAAAGUACCUGUGCUCCAGUAUUUGUAUUAUUUGUCACAAAUCGGUAUUGCCAUGUCCCCAUUGUCGAAUAAUUCACUUUUCCUCAACUAUCACCGUAACCCAUUGCCUGAGUAUUUGGCUCGCGGCCUUAUUGUCUCCUUGUCAACCGAUGACCCAUUGCAGUUCCAUUUCACCAAAGAACCCUUGAUGGAAGAAUACAGUAUUGCCGCUCAAGUGUGGAAGCUGAGCUCAUGCGACAUGUGCGAAUUGGCUCGUAACAGUGUAUUGAUGAGUGGAUUCCCCCAUAAAAUGAAACAACAUUGGCUGGGACCAAAUUACACACGCGAAGGUGUGCCCGGCAAUGACAUCACCCGUACCAAUGUUCCCGAUAUACGUGUGGCCUAUCGUUCAGAGACUUUGCUGGAUGAACUUUCCAAUAUUUUCAAGGUACAUCAACAUCCCCAUAUGGAGGAGAGUCCCUAGAUAACAAACAUACGAGUACUAUGAGGCAGAAGGGCUGAGAAGCCGUGGCUAUAGCAACAUUUGCAGCAGCCCCAGCCCCACUGCAGAAAGAACCAAACUUAUUUUAUACCAUUAUAACACAUUUGAAUGUCAUAUUUGUUAUUUCGUAUGUGCGAAUUUAUUUAUGUAGCUUUUUUGUAUAUAUAUAUCCAUAUGUAUAACAAAUAUGUAUUCGUAUAUUGUUGAUUCAUACAAUGAUUAAUUGAUUGACACACCCCGGGACGACAUGGUAUAUUAAAAAAAUUGAAUAGCAAAUAAUCGGGCAUUGACUGGACCAUAUUUACUUACUAAUAAUAACAACAAAAUACACACCAUA